GGGGUGGGGUUGAAACUAGAUGAUCAUUAUGGUACUUUUCAACCCAGGCCAUUCUAUGAUUCUAUGAUAAUGCUACAUGAGGAAAACUUAGAUAAUGCUUUUUGCAAGCAACUAGAUGUCUUCUGCCUUUACAGGCUUUCUUUACAGGCUUUCAGCUAUACAGAUAUCUUGCAGGAGUGCCAUGAAGCUUUGGGCAGAUAGUGCUGGAGGCUUGUAGAUGAAAAAUUCCUAACAGCCAAGGGUAAUGCUCUAUUUGGCAUGUUUCACGUGUUUGAUCGCAAAGGAGGAAGAGGCUGGUGGAUUUUGAGCUGACUGAUUAUUGACUCACGAUGACUGAUUUCAGGAUUUGGAUAAAGCUGGUAAGCAAAGCAGUAAAAGCAGGACUGUGGACUUCAGUUCACUUGAGUUGAUAGAUUAGAAUCCCUAAGAAGGUAGCUCAGGAGGAACUUAAUGAGAAAAUAAGGACACUUUAAAAAAAAGUAUUGAAAGCUGAAGAGCAGACCAUUCAGUUUUCCAUGAAAAUCAAGACUUUAACCAGAAAAUGCCACUUAGCAAGAGUUUUUUUUAUGAAUGUAAACACAGAAAAGGAGCGCGUGAUAUGUAGACAGGUGGGCCAGCAACAGAAUUCUAAGAGAAUUUGUCAGGAAUUUGAGGGUGGAAACAGCCAGAGUUGAAUCUAAUGAAGGUUAACAGUAAGGAUUUCUACAAAGGGGUCUGGACAGACUGGAUUGAUGAGUCCAAUAGCACAACCUUCAACAAGGCUAAAUACUGAGUCCUGCACUUUGGUCAUACCAACCCUGUGUAGAGGAAUAGGCUUGGGGAAGAGUGUCUGGGAAGUUGCCUGACAGAAAACUAUCCGGCUGACAAAUGUAAACCUGCUAAAUGUAAACCAGCAGCAGUGUGCCCAGGUGGCCAAGGAGGCCAAUGGUAUCCUGGCCUGCAACAGGAAGUUUGGCCAGCAGGACUAAGGAAAGAACUGCCUCCUCGUAUGUGGCUCUGUGGUACUGCACAUCAAACGUUGUGUUCAGUUUUGGACCCCUUGCUACAGGGAGUGUAUUAAGUUGCUUGAAUGUGAGCAGAGAAGAACAAUGCUGGUGAAGGGACUAGAAAGCAAGAGCUAUGAGAAGUGGCUGAGGAAACAGAUUAUUCUGGAGGAGACUGAGGAAUAACCUCAUUGUUCUCUACAACUACCUGAUAAGUAGUUUGCAAGAAGUUUGCAGUGAAGAGAACAUGGGUCUUUUUUCUUAGGUGACAGAUGAUAGGAGACAAUGAAAUGGCCUCAGGUUGCACUAGGGAAGAUUUAUAUUGGACAUCAGGAAGGAUUUUGUCACAGCAAGGGUAAGCAAGCAAAUCUUGUAAUUUUCAACAUCUUCAAGGUGAAAAUCAACUUAUCUGCAUUAUAUUUCAAAUCAUAACAGAGUUCAAGAUGAAACUUUAAGCUAUUACAAGCUCAAGUUAUGGCAAAUGAUUUUAUGCAUUUGGCUAAACACAGUCCUGUGAACAGAGAAGAAUAAGCAGCCUUGCUUUCCAUGUUGAUAAAUGAAUUUGAAAGUAAAGUUUAAGAUUUCAAAAAAAAAUCCAAUUUUGGUAUUUUGGUUUUUGCAACUCCAUUUUCAUUCUACAUAAAUACAUCACCUGUGAAUUUUCAAAUGGAAUGUACAAAGUUGCAGUCAGAUGUUAAACUCAAAGAAAAACUUUGGCCACAUCUUUUUACCACAGAAAAAUCUCUUGCUUCACUCCUUAUUCAUGUCAUUGCUUUUUGGCAGUACAUACAUUUGUGAGCAACUGUUUUCAUGGAUGAAAUACAGGAAGAGUAAAAGUAGAAUCAAAAUAUCUUAUGAGUACCUUGAGAACUCACUAGAAAUUGCAACCACUUCCAUCAGACCAGAUACUGAUACAUUCAUUUCAAAGAAGAAGGUCAAAUAUCCCACUAUUUUCAUGGCUUUAUCUUCUUUUCUUAAAAAAGAAAUUAAAGUAGUUUUGUUACUUAUGUACGUUAACUAUGUUAUAUAUCUUACAAUGUGGGCCAAGAAGACUCUUCUUCAGUCAAUGUAGCCCAGGCAAGCCAAAAGGCUGGGCACCCAUGUGAUAGGUGAUAUGGGAAAGAAUGGCAUAUGCACUACCUUUUUUGCCUUGGUCCUUGGCAAGCAAUAGUUUAUUCUCACCUUUGGGUGUGCUCAGAAGGAGAUAGGUAGACCAUGUUAGGGAAUAACGGGUUGGAGACUACUUGUAGCAACUGGGUACUUUGAGAUUCAUUAUACUAGAUGAAAUUCACCUUGGAAUGCUGAAGGUAUUGGCUGUUGUGACUGCAAGAAUAUUAUGAAUUCUGCUUUUUGGAUCAGGUGACCUUGAGGGGUUCCUUCCAACCUCAACCAUUUCUGUGAAGAAAAAUCAUGGAAAAGUGCUAACGCUAUACCCAUCCUUGAGAAAGCUGGGAAAACCUCCAGAAAUUAGAGGCCUAUCAGCCUCAUUUCAGAUCCUAGAAAGAUCGUGGCCCAUCUCCAGUUGGAAUCCAUUUUCUAGUACAUGGUACAGAAAUUAAUCCUUAAAAUUCAGUUUAUUUAACAAGGGCAUGCUUACCCUUCUAAGGCAAAAUGACUGGAUAUAUGACUGGCAAGUGUAGUAAAUGUAUUGCUUGGCUUCACUAAGGCUUUGGAUGCUAUCUGCCAUUGUGUUCUCAUUUAGGAGUUGAAGAAACGUGGGAUGAAUUAAUAAUCAAUUUAUUCAGUUAUAAUAUAUAUAUUCACUUGGCUCAAAGGGUGAUCAGAGGUUCUGUAUCCAACUGACAGUGUAUUUUGGUUUGUUUUUCCUUUAUUUUGUGAGUGUGUGUGUAUAGAUGUGUAGCCUCUAUGAACUGGAGGUACUCAAUGUACCUCCAGUGCACAGGGGUACAAGUGAGGAGAGAAAAACCAUUAUGUCCCUUUGAAUAAGAAUGCUUUGUUCAGCACUAGCAUCAGACAUCUUUUGGGCUUUACCCUAGGGGAGGACAGUAAUCCUCCUGGCCCCAGCAUUGAAGUCUGUUUUUUCAUCCUAUCAACUGGAGGCUAAACACAGUUCUAUUACACUUGGGUUGUCUUGUUUUGUUUUUUCUUUGUUUGUUUUCUUUAAAAUCUUUCUCAUAAUGAUGAGGAAUAUUCUCCCAGUCAUGGCGUUCUAACAAUUCUUGUUGGGAAUUCUUAGUAACUUCAUAUCAUUGCUUCAGAUCAGCCUCUGGACUGAAUUGAUUUUGAGAAAACAGGAUGUUAACUGUGCUGAAGGAUCUUCACAUGUGCACCCAUGUGCAGAUUUCACUACUUUGAGAAACUGAGAUUUUCUCAGAAGCAGUUUAUUUGUAAAAUCCUUGUAUUCCAACAAAUCAGUUCUCCUGAAAGGGCUUUGUCUAUUGCUGAUGGAUGGCAGUUAGUUUCAACAUAACAAGAGGCAAGAAACUUAAAAGCAGUAGAGAGCUUGUGAAUUCUUAGGGUAUGUUUAAUAAUCCCCGACUGUGGCUUCAGAAGCUGGUAAAGCCUAUCUGUAUUCACACCAAAAGACAGUUUUUAUGUUUUGAGGAUUAAAAUUGGCUUGCUGCAGCAGCACAGUUCAAACCUCUUCUCAAUAUGCUUAAUAUUGAACAAUCUUUUAUACUCACUAGUAUACUACUGAUCAUCUCUGUAACUUCAUCUAAAUUGCUGCUUAGUUAUUGUCUUUCAGAAGUGUUGUAUUCCAUAUCUCUAUACUUACUAGAAGUGAUAGUAAUUUUAGAAUAAUUUUUCUGUCAUAGGCAUGUGUUGUGAACCUGCAGCACAAAACACGAGUGAACUGAUUUCGAGAUUGUGUUUAAAAGCUGUAGCAGAGGUAGUGGGUGAUGUGAGAACUGUGCUUCCUUACUGUAAAUUCCAGACACUGGCACUUCAGCGUUUGUUACACAAUUUUCUGGGACUGUUUGUCUGGGCAGUGUGUUGCUUGGGCAGUCCUUCGAGUAUGGGCUGUUGAUUCAGGAUCUUCUGCCAGCUGAUUGCCCAAUACAAUCUGUUCUCCAGUGAAUUAUUUAUACAUGCAAGAGUUCUGUUUGUUUUGGAGAAAAAAAAAACACUCUUAAUAAAUUUGUUCAUAAAUAAUUUGUCUGUGUUCUUUUACAUUUGUUUUUGUCAUUAAAUAAGUUCUUAAGUAGCUUAAACUUGCAAUAACUGUGUUUAGGCAAAACCUCUCUAGUUUUGCCACUGUGCAAUACCUGUAUUGUGAACAUCUAGAUCAUGUUAACAAUGUCGAGCCUGGCACUAUUUAGGAAUGAGCAUUGUAGAAUCAAGAAGCAAGAUGAAUUCAUGACUCUAAACAGAUCUUUGUAGGACUCGGUAAAAUGUAUGUGCUGUGUUAAAUGGAGAAGAGUGUGCAUUUGUAUUAAUACUAGCAACCUCUGUUGGUCUCACACUAGUAGAAGACAACUGGCUGCUUUUAUCUUGUUCUCCACAGUCUCUUCCCUAGGCUGCAGUCCCCUUGUAUAUACCUCAUCUAUGUGCAAAUUUAUGCCUCCUACCAUGGUUGUUAUUCCUGUUUUCUCAUUUUCUUUGCUGUCUUCUUUUGACUCUUAAAUGUCUCAUGUAGUUUGAAGCUUUCAGUUUGUUCAGGUUAAGUUUUUCACUUUAAAGCAGUGACUGAUUUGGUUGGAAUGUCACUGCCAGGAGGGUUGUGGUCAAUGGCUCUGUUGUAGAGGCCAGUAACAAGUGGUGUCCUCAAAGGAUCUGUUGGGACCAGUGCGCUUUAUCAUCUCUAUCAGUGACAUAGAUGAUGGGAUUGAGUAUACCCUCAGCAAAUUUGCUGAUGAUACCAAGCUGGGCAGUGUGAUUUAUACAGCAGAAGGCAGGGAUGCCAUCCAGAGAGACCUUGAUAAACUUGAAAGGUAGGCCCUUGUGAACGUGAGGUUCAGCAAAGCAAAGUGAAAGGUUUUGAACUUGUGUUGAGGUAAUCCCAGAUAUGUGUACAAACUAGGAGAAGAAUUUCUUGUGAACAGCCCUGCUGAGAAAGAUUUAGGGGUCCUGGUUGAUGGAAAAACUGAACAUGAGCCAGCAGCACGUUUGCAGCCUAGAAGGCCAAUAGUAUGUUGGGUUCCAUCAGGAGAGGGGUGGCUAACAAGGACAGGGAGGUGGUUGUCCCCCUCUGCUCUGCCCUCACGAAGCCCCAGUUGGUCAACUGGGUCCAAGUCUGGGGCCCCCAACACAGGAAAGAUGUGGAGCUUUUGGAGAGGGUCCAGAGGACGGCCAUGAAGAUGAUCCAAGGGCUCAAGCACUUCUCCUAUAAAGACAGAUUAGCAGAGGAACUGGGCUUGUUCAGCCUGUGGAAGAGAAGGCUCUAGAAAGACCUCAUUGCAGCCUUCCAAUAUUUAAAGGGAACUUAUAAACGUGAAUUGAAAUAAACUUUUUACACAGGUAGAUAGUGAUAGGGCAAGGGGGAGUGGUUUUAAACUAAAGAAGGGAAGAUUUAGAUUAGAUGUCAGGGGAAAGUUCUUUACCAUGAGAGUAGUGAGGUGCUGGCACAGGCUGCCCAGAGAGGUUGUGGAUGCCCCAUCCAUGGAGGUAUUUGAGGCCAGGUUGGAUGGGGCCCUGAGCAAUCUGAUCUAGUACUUGAUCUAGGGGCUGGCAACCCUGCUUAAUGGCAGGGAGGUUGAAACUUGAUGAUCCUUGAGGUCCCUUCAAACAUAAGCCAUUCUAUGAUGAUUAUCUUUGUGUUUCACCAUAUUUCUGCAAUGUAAUAUUUACUGUAGUUUAGACUUUAUCCUUAAAAUUGAAAACAAUCAGAUGCUUUAAUGGUAAUGAAGGUAGACAAUGAUGACAGGAACAUAUUAUAAGAAAAUGAUUUGUUUGUAAAUUGCACAGAAAGUCAGGAAAGGUUGUUGCAAAUAAACUGUCAAUAUGAUGUCUGUUUACUAGAGGGGAGUAAAUUUGGGAGUGGGGAGAAGUGGAAGGGCAUUAUGACUUACAAGAAUUGGGAAGUAAUAUAUCUAAACCUACAUUUACAUUUAAAGUAGCAAUGCUUUAAAAACACCUUUGAAGUUCUAAAUAUAUGUGUAAUACUGUCAUUGGCAUACUUUAUGGCUCCGUAGUUAAAAGGGUGGAGGGUUCACUGUGAAUGAGGGGAUAACUCAGACUAAGGAAGGACGAUUUCAAAUGCAUGAGGACAUUUUGGAGUUCCUGGGUGUUGUGAAAAUGAGGCUGGAAAGCAUUUGGUCUUGUUUGUAGGCAUGCGUGCACUCUGAACUGACUCUGCAGCCCAUUAAGUCUUAUUACUUUUACAUGGAAUACCUAAGCAGGGGAGAGUUCUCACAUUGGAAUAACCAAUAUUCUGGUGGCUUGAUUAUGUCUAUGGCAGAAAACAUAUUAUUAAAAAAAUAUAUAUCCUAUAGUUAUUGAUUAACAGAACAGUCAUUUUCUCCUCUGAAUGUUUGAGGUGGAGAGAUGUUCUCCUUCAGCAGAAAAAUGCACCAUUCACUCAGGGAGUGAAAGAGGAUUUUAUCACUCAUUGAGGACACAAGUUCAGUGCUCAGUAUCGUAAGUAGAGAGUAUUGCAUUUCAGUAAUGAGUAUGGCAGAUCUAAGAUAACCUUAUUUUAGGCUAGGUCAGAAAGAAUACAUAAGGUGACUCUCUGCUCCAUCUUCCCUCAAACACUGGCUGUUUUGAGUCUAAUACUGAAAGCCUAGUAAUCUGUACACACUGUAUGAGAAGCUUAGGUGCCUAGAUCAAGACUGUGGAGUCUGAGGGGGAGGGUAGGCAUCCAAGAGUUAGAUAUCAAAAAGAUCGAGUAUUAUACAUCCAAACCUGUUUGUGUGUCAAGGCCACACAGUCUGCUGCUUUUCUUUUUCAGCAUUAGUUUCAAAUGUAAUCGUGAUAUAUGAAUUGUUCCCAUUGUGAGGUGAGAGUUAAGCCAGGAGGCAUUUGUGAAACAGUUCAACAGUGAUUUUGUCUGGAAUUAAAAUGAACUUCACCUCCCCGCUCUCCUUCAAAAAAGAGGGUGUGCAAAUUCCCUGCUUUGUAGGGCUGUGCUGUAAGUAACGCUACCUGUGUAUGACUUAUAAGUUUGCUGAGUUGUUGAUGUCAUUUAAAAGCCAUUAGGCAGCAAAACCAUUACUAUGGUCAGAGCUUGGGUUAGCUAACUUUGCUCUAGAAAAAGAACCCAAGUCUCCCCUUGACUUGGUUGGCCAUGUCUGCAAGUCUAGAAAUUAGAAACGUCUGUUUCUAUUAAUUAAAUAAUUUGCAAUGGGAAUGAAGACAAUUAAAACCUGGUCCUGCUCUGACAGUCACCUUUUCUGAUUAUCAGAACACUUUGUAUUAUUGCUGGUUUAGGUUUGAUUGAAUAUGUAGUUGAAAUAUUGCUAGUUUGUGGGAAUAUUAUGCUCUUGUGUUCACUUUAAUUAUGAAAUAGCUACCCUGAGACAGAACCUCUUACUGAUACUUUUUAUCUGCUUUGUAUACAGAGAUGUUUGUUGUUAUCUACAUAGAGGCUGUCUUACAACUGCUAGGAACAGUCUUUGUUGGAGUCGCCAUAGUGAUUUCUCUUUCAACUAGAUCAUUAUGCUUCCAACUAAAAGCCUGCUUUUAAGUAGCUUUUUAUUACAGUGGCUUUUGGAAAUGAACUUUUACAUGCACAGCAUGGUUGAUAUCUUCAUAUUGUGAGAAGGGAUGUGGUGUUCUUCUUGCCAUAUUUUCCUGGAACUAAAAUAAAACAAUUAGUAGUUUCUUUUGAACAACUGAGGUGGUUGCGGUUCAGCGAUGUGUGACUCUGAACUGGGCAGAGUGUUUGAUCUCAUCUGUCUUGAGGUCUAGGCUCCGAGAAAAAGGUUUUCACAAAAGUUGUAAACAUAGCAAAACUUCUGUUGAGAUCAAAUGUGUAGGUGGAAAGAGCCAGCCACAAGGAAUGCCUCGUUAACAUACAACAGGAAACUCGGAGCGCUGCCAGCUUCAGGCUCUACUGACUCUGUCCAUAUACUGUUACAGUAGUAAAGUUUUCCUGUGUUUGUGUGGCGUUCUGAAUUAACUGUAAGUUCCUAUUAAGGUUUUGAUGAUGCGUCCAAAUAUAAGUCAUAAUAUGUGUAAAAUAAGUUAGCUGAAAAGCUGACGGUUAUGGUGUUUAAUUUCCACUAUGGUGUUUUGGAUUUUGUUUUAUUUCCCUUGGCAUGUAAAUAUUCUGAAUCCACUUAAUGGCUUGGAGGCAGGCUGGAUAGACAAACCUAGAAGUGAAAAAUGAAACUCGAUUUUCUGGCAAAUUACUAAACGCUGUAGCCUGAUGCAAUGGAUUUACAAAUCAAACCAUUAGUGUGGUGGCCUUCUAACUGUUCCUAAUUUACAUAUACUGUGUGGAAUAGAUGGAAAUACAGCAAACAUUUUGAUUAAAAUAUUUUCUUUUUCAUUUGUAUCUUUGUAUGUACAAAAAAUCUAAAGGUAAUCUUUAGAAUGAUAUCCAAAGGAAGUGCUGGCAUAUCAUAUCUUGUUCAAACAGGAAACAAAAAUCGUAGCUUUCAGGAAACUUGAUAGGGAGGAAAAGCUGACACUUCUGCAGAUUUGUAAUUCCUCUUUUCUGUAUUUCAUUCUUUUUUAAAAAUGUCACUCUUCCAGAAUCUGGUUGAUAUUCUUUUUACUGCAUAUUAAUAGUGGGAUUAGAGAUGUUGUUAACUCACUGCUUUUAUGUGCAUAGCUUGUUACUUAAUUGGGGGAUCUGUUAGUUGAGAUGAAAUAUAAGAAACAAUUUUAACUGUAACUCAAAUCUUUCUAUUCCUCAUGUGGACACUCUUAGGACUUCUUUUUAUAAGUUUGAGCAUUGUAUAUUAUUGUAAUUACAGUAAUUUUUUUUAAUGUAAACCACAUGUCUGUUCCUAUUGCAACUUCUGUCUGUGGUAUCAUGGAAUCAUAGAAUGGCCUAGGUUGAAAAGUACCAUAAUGAUCAUCUAGUUUCAACCCCCCCGCUAUGUGCAGGGUAGCCAACCACUAGACCAGGCUGCCCAGAGCCACAUCCAGCCUGGUCUUGGAUGCAUCCAGGAAUGGGGCAUCCACAGCCUCCUUGGGCAACCUGUUCCAGUGUGUCACCACCCUCUGAGUGAAAAACUUCCUCCUAAUAUCUAACCUAAACCUCCCCUGUCUCAUUUUAAGACCAUUCCCCCUUGUCCUAUCACUAUCCACCCUUGUAAACAGCCGUUGCCCCUCCUGUUUAUACGGUCCCUUCAAGUAGUGGAAGGCGGCAAUGAGGUCUCCCCAGAGCCUUCUCUUCUCCAAGCUAAACAAGCCCAGUUCCCUCCAUCUUUCCUCAUAGGAGAGGUGCUCCAGCCCUCUGAUCAUCUCAGUGGCCCUCCUCUGGACCCGCUCCAAGAGCUCCACGUCCUUCCUGUACUGGGGUUCCCAGGCCUGGAUGCAGUACUCCAGAUGGGGCCUCACAAGAGCUGAGUAGAGGGGGACAAUCACCUCCCUCUCCCUGCUGGCCACCCCUUUUUUAAUGCAGCCCAGAACACAGUUGGCCUUCCAGCCUGCAAGUGUACUCUGCUGGUUCAUGUCCAGCUUUUCGUCCACCAGGACCCCCAAGUCCUUCUCCACAGGGCUGCUCUCAAGAUCUUCCCCCAGUGAUAGAAAUAAACUUAACAUUUACUGAUCUUCCUAAAUUGUAUAUUCUUGGCUAAUUAUGUUUGUGUUAAAGAAGAAUCAUGUCUUUUCAACUGAAUGAACAACUUUCAGUGGCUAACUUCUGUGGUCUUCCUCUGUUCUUUGAACUGCUGGUUAUUGACCAGAUAUCAGUAAGUCAGUUUUUCUUACUGACUUCUCCCAAUCUCUAGAUUUCUAAUUCUCUUCAGAGGCAAACAAUCUGAGCUGAUUCUUUGACAAGGUCCUGUGACUUAAAAUAUGAAAAAAAGCAAGGAGUGAAGAGAGCUGUUUGAAGUCUGUUGGGUACCUGAAUAAAUAGGAAGAUUCUGAAAGUGUUUAUGUAUUAGAUCUAUUGAGCUUCUGAAGAAAGGCCACCUUACAGCUUUAUCCUGAAGUUCUAAACUCCUUUUGUGGUCACUGCUUCGAUGUUUCAUGGCUCUGAACUUCAUUAACUGUCUGUAGCUGUCAGGAUGAUCAAUGAUUACUAUGAUUCAAAUGGAAAGUUUAGCACUUUGUAAAAUUUUGUACCGGGUAAGUGAAUAGGUAAUUAAUGUUAGCGUGUGUGUGGAAUUAAAUCCUGCUGUGAAAAAUGGCACGAAUAGUAUGUAUUAGUUUAAGUUAAAAAAAAAAAAAAGAAACACAGUAGUAAGAAUUGAAUUUACUUUAUGAUCAUAAACAGUAUACGUUAUUAUGUAGGAGGAGAGGUGUGAUGUGGAGAGUAAAGCAAAAAGCUUUAAUGCAGAGGAUUUCUGGACAAUUAUUGAAGUUGACUGCAGAAACUUAGUAAGGAAAGUAAAUGCUGUGGUGUUUCUAAAACAAUACAUGGUGUGAUGUUUAUAAAAGAAUAAAUGAAUAUCCAUCUUGCUUUUACAGGUCAGUAAAUUUGUGGAAAGUGGAGGAGUAUAGUGUUCUGUACCUUAAAAACAAAGAGCAGUAAAGCAUUGUGUGUGAUGUAUGUUCUUAGAGCAGCCCCUCUGAAUAUGGCUUCCCAGCUUCAACACACCUUAAGCACUUUCGAUUUAAGGCAUCAAGAAUCACAUUUUUACAGGGAUCUUUUGCUUUCACAGAGAGUCAGGUACCUAAAUACUUGGCAGUGUCUGGACCUCAGUCCAGACUAAAUAAUCUGUGAAUAUUCAACCUUUUCUGGAUAUUUCAGAUUGUGUCUCCAAAAUUCCUCUUCCAUGUCUGUUGCCAAUAGGCAACUCAGAUGCUGUAAUACAAAAUAGCGGCCUUCAGAAUUGUAAGUUUGCUAAAUCAGCAAAAGGUAGAUCCUGUCAGUCAUAUUCCAGAUUUGCAGAACAGCAAUGAAAACCUAUGAGGUAGGUUCAGGAGGACAUAUACCUGUUGAUAUCCCUUUUCGAUUUGCUUUGAUGCUGCCUCUUCAUUUCAAUAGGGGGGACCUCCAGGGAGACCUCAUUGUGAUCAUCCAUUCUUAAAGGGAGGGAUGAAAGGGGGGGAAGAUUAAUUUUUUACAUGGGCAAAUAGCGAUAGGACAAUGGGGAAUUGUUUAAAACUAAAAGAGGAGAACUUUAGAUUAGAUGUUAGUGGGAAGUCUUUUACUGAGAGGGCAGGAAGUCUUUUACAGAGAGCCUCUAUGGGAGGCUGUGUAUGCCCCAUCCCUGGAGGUGCUCAAGACCAGGUUGGAUGGGGCCCUGGACAGCCUGAGCUGGUGGGGGGCAACCCUGCACAUGUCAUGGUGUUGGAACUAGAUGAUCUUAAAGGUCCUUUCCAACCCCGAGCCAUUGUAUGAUUUGUGGCCGCUUCAUUGUCCCAUUAUCCAGCACUCAAGAAACAGCUCUUGACAUGACAGACCUUCUGCUAGGAUGUCAGCAUGAUCUAUAAGUGAGUGUUUGGAAGAUACUGAAAGCACUGUUAGUCUAAAUCAGUAGUGAUGUUGUACUCAUGCAACUUCCACAUGUAGUCACUUCCUUCAUACACAACAAGGUGCAUGGCUCUCCUAACAAACCUCUUGUCUAAUAAUUGGAAACUGGUCGUCUCAGCUGUGUCUAUGCCAGAGAAAGGUUACCUGUUGUGUAGAGCCUUAAAAGUGAGCUGUUUUAGAUGUCCUACUUAGAAACAAAGCCUGAAAGAAAUAAGCCAGAAAAUGUGUCCAUGUAGAAAAUACUGUUUGUACAAUUGCAUCUUGUUAAAAGCCACUUUUAUUAAUAGAACAUUCAAAUGCUGAUGUAGAAGAAAGGAAAGAUCUCUCUUGAAACUUUGGUGCUGCUAUUAGCAUAAGAAAGCGAAGUUUCAUCUCUUCUGGUAGCCCUUGCCUCUUUGUCCUUGUCCUCUCCUAGGUCAACUUAGCUUACAUUGGUGUUGUGUUACUUCUCAAAUGCAGUUUAAAGUCAUUAUCUAGAAUCUUAGCUAGCUCCAUCAAAAUAGCUCCUGUGUUCUGUCAUGACCUGUGCAGGACGGUGAAAAGCAAUUCACACAAGAGAAGUGUAACACUGUGUUCAAUGCUAUUUUCCCUUAGGAGUGGCUGCCAUUUGAACAUUAGCUUUAAUCACAUUCUAUCUCUUCUUCCAGAGAUCCAGAAUGGAGAACUGUAUCACAGGUGGAGGAAUGUAUUUAAGAAACUCUCAGCAUCAGUUUCUGUUUCCUGCUUUCUGCUUAUUUGGUGUUUCUGCAGGUGUUUUCUUCAGCCCAAUGUGUCUGUAGUAUUUCAAGUGGAUCAGGAGAGGGAGCUGGCAGUCUAGGGGCAAAAAUCUCUUUCCAAGCAAGUAAUCAUUCUCAUCGUGUUCCCGAGUGUAGAAAUGUGAUGGGGAAGCCUACUUGCAUCUGAGAUAGCAGAGAGAUAGGCUGGCCAGUAGGAGUCCGUUGUCACUUCUAGUACAUAAGUCAGCUUUACUUUGUUGUUGUAUGGCCACUUGUACAUUUUAGCUACUACCUGAGGAUCCCAUUUAAAGUGUUGACAGUACUUUUCUCUUUGAAGAGGUAUGUGUUGCCUGUAGUGCAUAUAGGUAGGUGAUAGGGACAAUGAACAGAAAUUCUCACCUUCACCCGAGUCCAAUAAAAAAAAAGUCAGUGCUGAUACUGGGGUUGCCAAUAGUAAUUGCACUUAUGGUAUCUGCUUGCUUGUCAUGUGAUUUUUGGAGAGAGUUAAGGCUCUCCAGACUGCUUGCCCUUCAAAUGACCUCUGACUGGACAGAAAUGUAAAACUGCCCUGUAUGAGGAUUUUCUAUGUCUGGUGGGUUAAGCUUGGCCUACGUGUGUGCACCUAGCCAGCCAGUCAGUCACCCCUCCAAUGGGGAUGGGAGCCUGGGGUCAGUACUCUCUCUGCCAGUCCUUCCUCUACACACUUUUCCCCUGCUCCAGCAUGCAUCCUCUCCACAGGCUGCAGUCCCUCAGGAAUACCCAGCUGUUCCAGCACAGGCCCUCCAUGAGCUGCGAUAUAUUUGCUCCAGUGAAUGGGUAGUUUCCUCCUUUGACACUGGUGUUCCCUCUGCUGUUCCUCCCUCCUUUCACACUCCACACCUAGCGUGUUCUGUUCCUUCUUAAAUACAUUUUCCCAGAGGAAGCAUGCAUGUGGUUGAUGGGCUCAGUUGUGGUCUGCAGUGAGUCCACUUCAGGGACAGCUCAAACUGCGUUUAGCACAGGACAGCCCCUGACCUCUCUCCACAGAGGCCGUACCUGUGGUGUGCUGACUACCAAAACCUUUGUCACCUACACCCAAUACACAAUUUUCCCUCAGGAAAACUGAGCAAAUGGUGAAGUUCUUCCUUCCAGAUAAGGAUUUGAGACAUAAGCUUGAUGCUCCUUCUCACCAACAACAUGGACUUCUGAGGCUCUAGGUAUGCUAUAACUAGUUUUUGAAUGGCUAUGCUUUAAAAUCCAGCUGGUGAAAAUGUGUAUUUGGAAAACAAACACAGCUUUCAGGAAGAAAAAAUAGCAUCAGGCAGGCUAUUUAAUAAAGCUGACCCACGUGCUGUUGUACUUGCCCACUUAGGGAAGAGGUGGGAAGUGUUUGAGAACUGGGAAAUAAAAUUACUGGAAAGAGGGAUAUGUGAUCUGGCAAAGGGAAGGAAAAUCCUAUCAUUGGCUUUCAGACCUUGCCUGACCUUGAAUCUUGAAUGUUUCAAGUGUUGCUGUGUGACAUCUUUCCAGCAGGUUACUUGGCAUGGCUUUGGACUCACUCGUGAUUGUUAUGUGCAUAAGAAACAUGCAAAGGGACAGGAGUUAUUUGACCAGAUUGUGUAUCAUUUGGACCUUGUGGAAACUGAUUACUUUGGCUUACAGUUCAUGGAUGCUUCCCAGGUUACACAUUGGUUGGACCAUUCUAAAUUCAUUAAGAAACAGAUAAAAAUUGGACCUCCGUACACGUUGCAUUUUCGAAUUAAAUACUAUUCAUCAGAACCGAACAACCUUCAUGAGGAGUUUACAAGGUACCUGUUUGUAUUACAGCUCCGACAAGACAUUCUUUCAGGGAAACUGAAAUGCCCUUAUGAAACGGCUGUUGAACUAGCAGCUCUGUGUCUUCAAGCUGAACUGGGAGAGUGUGAACACCCAGAGCACACACCAGAACUUGUGUCUGAAUUCCGGUUUGCACCAAACCAGACUGAAGCAAUGGAAUUUGACAUCUUCCAGAAAUGGAAAGAGUGCAGGGGAAAGAGCCCAGCACAGGCUGAACUGUGCUACUUGAACAAAGCCAAAUGGCUAGAAAUGUACGGUGUAGAUAUGCAUGUAGUUAAGGGAAGAGAUGGUUGUGAAUAUGCUCUUGGACUAACACCAACAGGCAUAUUGAUCUUUGAAGGAGCAAAUAAAAUAGGCUUAUUCUUUUGGCCUAAAAUCACAAAAAUGGACUUUAAAAAGAGCAAGCUAACACUAGUGGUUGUAGAAGAUGAUGAACAGGGCAGAGAGCAAGAGCACACGUUUGUUUUCCGGUUAGACAGUGCCAAAACGUGCAAACAUUUGUGGAAAUGUGCAGUGGAGCAUCAUGCUUUCUUCAGACUGCGAGCCCCAGCAAACAGUAAAUCUAGUAGAUCUGACUUCAUAAGGCUGGGAUCACGCUUCAGAUUCAGUGGACGGACAGAGUAUCAAGCAACACAUGGGACAAGAUUACGCAGAACUAGUACAUUUGAAAGAAGGCCCAGCAAGCGAUAUCCUUCUCGAAGGCAUUCGACAUUUAAAGCAAACAAUCCUGUGAAAGCAGCACAACUGUGUGCUAAAAAUACUCCUGAAGUCCACAACUACCAGCCACAGUAUCAUCCUAAUAUACAUCCUGCUCAGCCACACUGGCAUCCACAUACGCCUGUGAAUGUAAGCUAUCCCUUGAACAACAGCGAUCUGCACCAGUUCAACAUCGAGGAGAACGGCGGAGCACCGUAUGCCGCAAAAAUGCCUGCGAGGCACCACCACCACCACCGCCAUCACCACCACCACGCUAACUACGGCGCCCUUGCUCCCGACAGCAAAGACAUUGUUUCUGGAGUUCCAAACCCAAAUAAAUUGAGCUCAGGACUUCCCCUUCUUUAUGAUGAAACCUCUCAUCUGAAGAAAAUAGAAACGGAGAGUGUGAAGGUAGUUGGACCAUGGCCAGCCCUGCACGUCAGCAUGAACAAGGUUGAAGAGAAAAAGGUACCUGAAAAGACUCUUCAUCCCCCUGUGUCACCUUCCUCUGUCCCUGAUCAUAUGAAAUGCAACAUCCUUAAAGCUCAAGUAGAGGCUGCUUUCAGAGUAGGCACCCAGGCUGUGAAAGAAGAGACCUCUUUUGUAAAUCCCAGUAAGACCUCCAGCCUGCAGGACCCUAAUGUAAGAAGUCCAGCUCCAGUGCGACCUGAAACUACGCCAUCAUCUGGCUCUACAGAAAAGCAGGAAAUUAAAGUUUCUCGUGUGAGGAAGUUAACAAGACAGUACAGCUUUGAUGAAGAUGACCUUCCUCCAGCACUGGCAGCAGCAGCAGCAUCAACGUCUGUGUCUUCAGCAUCUCCUGGGUCACAGAAAAUGUGCACACCACAGACGUCAGAAGGACAAACACAGCUUUCGCCUGGUGGCAAGAGUUCCACAGAUGCUGGAAGUACUUUUGCUCUGGAGCCAGGUGACCUUCUGAUGGAUUUCACAGAGGCCACACCUAUGAUAAAGACAUUCCCUGCUGAUACAUCUAAUCCUUUUUUCGAUCCUUUUACAACAGUACCACAGUUUUCUGCAGAGUUCACAGACAGCAAAUUGCAGUGCUGUGUGGUGCAGUCGUCUCCCAAGCUUUCACCGGUACCAAAAUCUCCUGUACUGAGAUCCCUAGCAGAGCCUGUGCCGACUCCAACAGUGCAGACAAUAUACACGUCACAUAAACCGAUAUCGCUGGCGGACAGCGCUGAGACUCUGAGGCGUGAACUUGAGAGAGAGAAAAUGAUGAAAAGACUCUUGAUGACAGAAUUAUGAAAUUCUCGCUUCCGUCUGAUGGAGAAUGGAUCGGGGCCUUUCACGUGCCUUCUGUCUGUUUACAUUCCUCUGCUUCUGUGUACUCAACAUAAUGCAUCGGGAAAACGUGUGAUAUUCCUGACUCGCCUGGAUUCACUACGGUUGGUUAAAAUUCAGUCUUGGCUAGACUUUAACUUGAAGGAGUUCCUUUAUUCGUUUGCUGCUGGGAAAUAAACCUUCAAUCCUUUAUCUCUCCUGAGAUUUUAUACUAUUAACACAGUUAAUUUCAGGUUUGGUUUUGGUAAAUCUAGGGCAAAAAGGAUCAGCAAGGAGCAAACUGAUCUCUAUUGGGAAACACUGUUCUGUACAUAUGUUAAUAAGUGCACAGAAAUUAAUGUUAUGCAGAAUAUUUUGAUAGUAACAUAGAAAAUAUGUCAUUUUGUACAACUGAAAAUUGCAAUGAGCAACCGCUAUUUGUUAAAGAACCGUUUUUAAAGCAGAAGAAUGAUUAUUACAUCCUAACCCCAGGACUGUUAGUCUCCACAGAAAAACGAGUGGCUGUCUUACUAAAUUCUUAACUUUUACUCAGAGAUACAAAUAGCUGCAGGGGGAGGACACCCCUCCACAAAGGUAUACGCACCCAACACUCCCCACAGUCUGCCUUCUCAACCUCAACCUGAAACUAAAUCUUAUUUUAUUUCCAUUAAUGAUUAAAAAAAAAAAAAAAAAAAAAAACAGUUGUUUAAAGCGAUUUGCUACUGACUCUCUAGCUUGAUACUGACUUUUUGUAACUUGGUGGGAAGUUCCAGCUUCCCCAGGUUGCUGGGCACUUAGGCUUGCCCGCACGUAGACGGCUCCAGCUACAGAGCCUGGGCAGCACGAGUACAGCUGGCACAGCCAGGGUGUUUCCCUCUCUGAUCCACCUUCCUGCUGCACUGAUUUAUCGAUCACAUUAAAAGUAAUACAAAUAGUUUGUGGCACAGGGUUGGGUGGGCGUUCUCAUCAGCAGGACCGCAGCCUCGAGGAGUGUGUUGUGGUAUACAGGUAACACGACCAACAGUUUCCUAAAUUGUAAAGAGUAGUUCUCCAUUUCCCCCUGUCCAGCAGUGCAGGGUUGCCUACAAAGCUACCAACAACUGACUGUCAGCUACAAGAUACUAUUCCAACAGGAAAGCUUUUGUGUGUUUUGUAUGGCUGAAGAUGUAUAUUUUUCUGUUACUCUGUACACUGUGUUCUCUGGUUUGUACUAAGAUAAAAGAUUGUCCUUAAUUUGAUACUGAUUACGAUGGCUUUAUCUCAGCUUAACCCGUUUGUUUGUGUGGAGGCUGGGAAGUGAUUGCUGUGAGACUGAGUUUCCUUCAGUUAGCUUGUGCUCUUCUGCUUUCUCCUCUUUGAGAGGAGAAAUCUUGAGGGCAUCACAGGACUGUGGAUUGCAAUGUAAGAGGUAUAAAAUGACUUGUCUAUCUUAGAUUUACUGGGACAAGAAACUAGCAUGAGGCUUCCCAGUUAAAAUCCAGCACCCCAAAUCUUUCUGGUUACCAUGAAAUGGGGCCAAAUAAACAGUACAACUGUGAGGUAGAAACCUGCAAUGCAAAAUGCCAUGAUGUAGCUCAACACAAAGAAUGGGCACGAGGAAUCAUAGAAACACACCUGGACUGCAGAUUUCAGAGCACUCCGAUGACAUUGCUGGGUAAUCAGACACAACCUGUAUGCUGUCCGUCUUCUGGUUAUGGUGCCAAGGCGUUCCUAUUCCUUAUGUUUUCGUGUACCUCUCCAUCAGUCCGAGGUUAUUAAAAGUGAAUGAGGAACAUUAAAUCGCUGUGAAGAGAUCAGAAAAGAAGGGAACAUGCAACACACAUCAAAGUCUGCAUGUUCUGUUUCCCAUUACUCCUUGCUUACCACUUCCCAAAAGGUCCCAAUGGAGGGAGGAGCAGCAGCACCUUUGUCCGCACCCAAAUAAGACUGAGCAUUGGAAAGAACAAAUAAAUGAAAACUCUAAUUAGAGAUGCUGUUUCAGGAAAGUAAAGUAGGUUUUCAAAUGGCACAGCACUGACCCUAGCUGGACCUGAUCUGCUGCCUGCAGUUAGGCAGCACCCACUUGCAUGUGAACUGGUGGCUGUUUCACAAAGUCAUCACUGAGGGAAAACAAAGGAAAUCAAAUUUGAGUGCACACAUUGGUUGUGUUGAUUGCCUUGAAAUGGACAUUGAGAACCCUGCAAUGUGCCUUCAGGUCUGGGGGCAAACAUCCACUUCCCUGCUUUAGGGCAGUCUGGUCACAUAUGCAAAAGCCUUUAGCAAAAUGGAAUGCCUGGCUCAGACCAGCCCUUCUGAUUUUCUUGCUCAUCAACAAGCUAUUGGUUUAUUCUUUUUAGUGCAGCCUUUUACUCCUGUUGUCUAAAAAUUCUUACGCUAAACUAUUCAGAACUGGAAAACAAAACAUGUGAACCAAGGUAACUUCGCGGUGGCCAUGUCCCCGCAGCUGGGGCUGCUCUGGCAUAGCUGAGCUCCUUGGUCCUCCCAGACGGAGAGGGAAAGGCUCGUGUGGUCACUCAGUUCCAGUGGGGCAUUUCCCACCAAAAACCCCCACGUACGUUGCCUUGUCUUGUUUUAGUGUCUUAUCUACUGGCUGCCACUGUUUCCUAUUCUGCAGUCUAAUGGAGCUUUAUUUAACGCAUUAGACUGGUAUUGAACUAAACUUUUAGCUGCAGAAUGUCAUCAUGUUGUUCUUUCUUACUGUGUAUUUUCUUCAGCCACGCCUAAGCAUUUCAGUUUCCACAUCCUUUGAAUAUCAAACAACACUCCUGCCUCGCCUCCAGUUGGAAAUUAUAACUUUAGGACACCUGUGAUCCAAACUACAGCAAACAAGACAACGUCAACAUGAACAUAUGCUGGGGGCAUAUAGUCCAGGUUUGCCCCUAGGCUUUAACUUUACAGGUGUGAAAGGAUACUCUGCCCGAAGGAAUGUCUAUAUAAUAGUGCAGAAGUAUCUGAGCUAGCUUUAAUGAGCUUGCAUAUGUAGUUGUGGCAGCAUGAAGCCCAGCACAGGCUAUCAUUACCAUGUACAUUGACACAUGUAAAGAUAGAUAACACAUUUAAACAGCAGCCUUCUGAAGCAUGGUCUCCAGAGCUAGUGACAGAACAGGGUGGCUGGAAGGAGCCUGUCCUCCAGCCCUCUAGGGACGGGCUUCAUCUCACCUAAUGCUAUAUGUCCAGCUCUCACCUGCAGAGAGAUCCAAGGGACUGCCUUCCAGAGGUGCCUCUGACUUCAACGUCUACCUUUAAAUUGCUUACAGUCAAGCGAGAUGAAUCCUGCCCUCUGUCCCUCUGGCUAGGCCUACAUUGCAAGCCCUUGCCAACAAGACUACACCAUCUAGGGGUCCUUUGAGAUUCGAUUUGUGACCAGCAUAGCUCUGCAAGCAAGACCUAGCUCAUUAGAUGUAAAUAUGCCACCGAACGCCCUGUUGUCAGAACAGCUUUCAUCCCUCAUCGGGGGAGCAAAGAGCUGGGACAGCUGCCACUGGCUGGAGCUGAGAGGCAUCAGCUGGUGUUAUGAAACCAGUUAUGAAACCAGGACAGCUGGGGACGCCUCCUGCAUGGCCAUGCUGGCAAAGCCUCCGGGGCUCCCGGCUUUCAGCAGAGCCCAGCAGGGUGCCCCGACCUGGCAGGCAGAGCUGGGCUUUCAGGUGCGAAGUUGCCAAGUGGCAGAAUGCAAGGUUGUCGUGCUUCGGUGAUUCAAGCAAAAUUUAGCAGCCAAUUCAGCAGCUAUGCAAGGAGUUAAAUAUUUUCUCAUAUUGCAAUCUCUUAUGGAAGCCAACCAAUCGCGGCUCAUUUUUGUGUGGUUCAGGUGUUUUCACUAUUUUGUUUUAAAGGGGAUAACCAGGUUUUCCUAGGAAAUACCGUUUGAGAUCCCCAGUCUCAAUCGGAUCCCACGCUGUGUGCAGAUCUCUCCCAUUCAAAUGUACUCAGCCCCUGGAAAUGCAAUGUUUGAAAAUUAACUCCUGGGAAGUUUCAGCUUGUGGCUUCACAUCUCUCUUGCAACAGGACCCCAUGUGCUCAUGAAACAGAGCUGGCAAUGCAGGGAAAUGUUUCAAUGGAGGCAGCACCAUGUUUUGUUUGAACUGUUUAUGAAUAUCCUUCGUUUUUCUUUUCUUUUUUUUCUUCUGUUUAUUCUUCUGAAUACAUUUCUGGUUCAUUGGCUACAAAAACCUACUCGUAAUUAUGCAACAGAAUAUUGUUUCCUUCUUUUCUUUUAUUUUUUUUUCUUUAUUAUUAUUUUUUUAAUUUUGAUGUCCUGAUGUUUAAGGAGUUUGCAAUAAAUAUACUGGUGCUGAUCUGUAAUUGCAUGUAAGAUCAGCCUCACAACUGUGUUUUGUAAAGUUAAGUGCCGUAAAAGAACCCACGGGGAGGAGAAGGAAGAGAGGGAGUGAGGGGAGGAGAAGGCUUCUCUGGCAGUUGCAGCCUGGGCUGGUGGGCAGCAGCUUUAAGGAAAGAUCACUCACCCCGUUUUGUUCCAUCUGGGUAGCAGCAUGUAUCACCAGACAGUGUGUGAUGGCAUUUUGUUGAAAACAUGCCUGGAGAGAAACUUUUACGGCUCAGCUGUUUACCUGUUCCUGUAUUCAUGCCUGCAAUAAAUAAGAUGAAAAAUA